UUCAUCAUUUUCUUCUAACUUGCGUAGUUGCAAUGAACUGCGUCACUGCUCCCAAGGCGAAUUGGCGAUGUUCGCCGGCGAUUUCGUUCUACUCCGAUUCCACUAAACUCUACAAUCGGAGCAGCAUCCGCUUCUACGCCGGAAACCGGAACUCCAGCAGAAUCAGAUGCAACUUGAAAGCUACCGGCAGCAGCAACAAUCAGCCGGAAACAAGUACCGGAAUCCAGCUAUAUAGAGAUAUUGAGAGAUUACUUACAGAGACAGUGAAGCAAUCUCAAGAUUGGGGAAGUUCACAGGACUGGGAUGAAAUCGAGGGAGCAUGGGUAUUGCAACCAAAAACAUCAAAGCCGAAGUUAGUCGUACAUUUUAUUGGAGGUGUUUUUGUUGGGGCUGCUCCGCAGCUUUCUUACCGCCUGUUCCUUGAGCGGCUCAGACAGAAGGAUGUCUUGGUGAUUGCUACACCUUAUGCUAGUGGAUUUGACCAUUUCUACAUUGCAGAUGAAGUGCAGUUUAAGUUUGAUAGGUGCCUUAGAUUUCUCCAAGAAAGAGUACAAGACCUUCCUGUAUUUGGCAUUGGGCACUCUUUAGGAUCUGUAAUUCACCUUUUGAUUGGAGCUAGAUAUGCUGUGAAAAGAAACGGGAAUGUAUUGAUGGCUUUCAACAACAAGGAUGCCAGCCUUGCAGUGCCGUUGUUCUCAUCUGUUCUUGUUCCAAUGAUGCAAAACUUAGGACCAGUUUUAUCACAGAUCGCAUCAUCACCAACCAUUCGUCUUGGGGCGGAGAUGACUAUGAAGCAAAUAGAGAACCUUAGCCCCUCAAUCAUGAAGCAAGUUUUUCCACUGGUUGAGCAACUGACUCCUCUAUACACGGACUUGAUUAAUGGAAAAGAAAAUUUCACUCCAAGACCAGAAGAAACUCAAAGACUGAUAAGGUCCUACUACGGGAUUUCGAGGAAUCUCUUAGUUAAGUUCAAAGAUGAUACAAUCGACGAAACUUCAACACUAGCUCAGGUGCUCAGCUCAGGUUCCGCCAUCAGCUCAAUGCUGGAUAUGUCUAUCCGCACUCUUCCUGGAGACCAUGCGCUUCCUCUACAGCAGGCUCUACCAAAUGCUCCUCCAGGAAUGACGGACGCUGUUAACAGGAGCAGCGAGCUAUUGGCGAACUUGACAGCAGGAACGCCAUGGGAAAACGUCACGAAGGAAGUCGGCAAUACGCUCGGUAAUGUAGACUCUAUAAUUCUUAAUUCUGGGAAUUCAAAGGACUUGGAUAUGCUUGUGGAGACAAUAACAUCAUGGAUGUACUCUAACACUGGCCCAAAACUUUUACAGUGAUAUAUGCUAAAAAAAAUAUAUGUAUAUGAACCCUACUGAAUGGUUCUGUAAUUUGUAAUGAUUGUAUAUACUUGAUUGACAUUUAGUACUCAUGUAUAAUAAUGUGACUAACUUUUUGAAUGUUUUGGUAUAAAAAGGUCAAUUAUUUGUAACUGGUAA